UGGUGGCGGAACCGGGAGCAGAGCGGCUCUCAAGCGAGGAGGCAGACGCAUUCAUUUCAUAUUACUCAGAGGGGCGAAGCUUUGUGACGCGCAAGGGGCCAGAAUUGUGAAACUGUCCCGGGAGAGGCUAUGUACCCCCCAUCCUUGUUCCUGUAAAUUCCGAGAAGGAAGAACUAACGAAGAACUAACAGGGUCAAUGACUUCAGUCUGUGUGGUUUCUUGGUUGAACUUCGGGUUCCUUAUGGCGCACAACAGGUAGCCAGGAACUGUGAGGACGGAAUACAUUGCAUGAUGUUUAUUCAAGGUAACAAUCUAAUCUCUGAUCGCUUUAAUGAACUCGAUAUUUACAAGUAGGAUCAUCUGUGGAACGUUGAGAAUAGCCUACUGAUAUAUGAUAUGUCCGCGCAAGGGUUGCUGAGCAGCGUUUUCUCAUGCUCCUCGCCAACAUCCAAAACAAUGUCCAAACGGAGACUGAGACAGACUAGAAGUUUGGAUUCAACUUUGAUAAGACACUAUGGGACCGAAACGGAUGGGACAUCGGGUCAAACAGAUCAAAAGUCGCUUUACCUAAGUGUAAAUCAUGGUCGUUACCUCCGAGCCUCAAACGAAAGCCUCUCCAAACUGGAUGCGCCACUUACAGCUGGGGCAAAACAAUGUCAGUCAGCAUCCUCAAGCCUGUCAAUAUAUUUGGAUACUUCUGGCCAAUUCGACUACGAUUCCAAGGCUACUAAAAGAAGCACGGCAUGGGAUUUACCUUUUCUUGUCAGAAGCCCCGUUACUCCAACCGGAAGCUCGAGCACUUUAUUUUCACCUAGAAAGUGGCUUCAAAAGAAGCCAUCUCCACCAUCCAUCCCUCAAUCAUACGCUGUAUGGAAAUCCGAGGGUGCCUUCACAUGGAACAGCAUGUCAGGGCGGAGCGUUCGUCUGAAGCCUGUGCCCCUCCAGAGCCUCUCAGAGCUGGAGAGAGUCCGCCUGCAAGAAGUGGCCUUCAGCAGGCUGCUCCAGGAAUACAACCUGGGCUGCCAGAUCACCAUCCCCAAAGAUGGUCAAAAGCGUAAGAAGUCCCUCAGGAGGAAGUUGGAUUCACUGGCCAAAGAGAUGAGUAAAGACAAAGAGGCAAUGCCCCAGGCCUUCGGCAUACUUCUGUCGCAGGUGAUCUCUAACGAUCGCACCCACAAGCAGCGUCAGGAGCCCCAGCGCGAGGAGCACCGUGACCCCAGUGACCUGGUGUCCUCCCUGCUACACCUCACCUCACGGAAGAGCACCAAAGACAAGGAGCUGUCCAGCAGCAACUCGUCUCUCAGCUCCACCUCUGAGACGGCCACUGAGUCACCGUCACCCAGCACACCCGAAGCAGCACCACACACCCGCAGAAGGGGAGGAGUGUCUGUGGAUUGCAUCACUGACCUGGAUGACAAUCAGUCUCGCCUGCUGGAAGCCCUGCAGCUGUCCCUACCAGCCGAGACACCCAGCAACAGGAAGAAGCAGAGGGACAAGAAGCUUAGCCUCAACCCCAUCUAUAGACAGGUUCCCAGGGUGGUGGAGAUGUGCUGCCUGCAUCUGGAGAAAUAUGGUCUACAGACAGUUGGCAUCUUCCGUGUAGGGAGCUCAAAGAAGAGAGUACGGCAGCUCAGAGAGCAGUGUGACCUGGGAAUGGAGGUCCAGCUGGAUGAGGCUAACAGUGUCCAUGAUGUGGCCGCGCUGCUUAAGGAGUUCCUGAGGGAUAUGCCUGAACCCCUGCUGACCAGAGAGCUCUACACCGCAUUCCUCAACACCAUGUUACUGGACCAUCCAGACCAGGAGAGCACCAUCCAGCUACUGGUGUAUCUGCUGCCGCCGUGCAACAGUGACACCCUGCAACGCCUCCUGGAGUUCCUGGCCACGGUGACCGCCCACGCAGAGGACAGUCAGGACAGGGACGGACAUGAGAUCACCGGGAACAAGAUGACAUCACUCAACUUGGCCACCGUCUUUGGGCCCAACCUUCUACACAAGCAGAAGAGCUCAGACAAGGAGUUUACUGUUCAGAGUGUUGCCCGCGCAGAGGAGAGUACAGCCAUCAUUGGCGUGGUACACAGCAUGAUCACCACAUAUGAGACCCUCUUCAUGGUGCCGCCUGACCUGCAGAAUGAGGUUCUGAUGAGUCUACUAGAGACGGAUCCUGACGUAGUGGAUUACCUCCUGAGGAGGAAGGAUUCUCAGCACUCUGGUCCAGGCCCUCUGAGGACUGAGGAUCCCUUCUCUUUGAGGGAGAGGCGUUGCUCCAGUGACUCCAACAAGGCCUCCAGUGGGGAUGUGUCCCCCUAUGACAACAACUCACCUGUGCUGCCGGAGCGGCUGCUCUCCCAGCCCCAGGAGGACAGGAACCUCCUCUCUGAUAGGCUGUUCAGGGUUCCAGAGCAGUACACACUGGUUGGCCACGUCAAAGGUCGUCCUAGCAUCACCUGUCACUCACCAUCCACAGGCAAAGACACACCUGAUGAACAUGUCUGGGGUGCCUGGCAUGCCUCUCUAAGGAAAGGGUUUGUGGAUCAUCACAUCACUGGUUCCCAUGGCGACGUUUCGGAACACGGCUCAUCAGAGGGACUCGACCGUCACCAAGGUAACAACAGCAAACUGCCUGUCAGACGAACUUAUACCUCAUUAGGUGUGCCUGAGUGCAGACCACACCCCCCGGUGACUCGCUGCAGCAGUAGCCCUCUGACGGAGAGAGGGCAAAGACAGCAGGGUACCGACUCAUUAUUACAUCACCGACCACAGGGAAGACCAGGGGCCGGCAGCUCAGAGGACCUCGCACUAAGAGGAGGAGUGUCACAGCCUGCCAGUCCCUCCCUCAGAGGCAGGCCUGGCGGCAGGGUGGAUGGAAGGCCUCCCCCUCCCUACCCUGGACCUCUCAGAGGAACACACAGAGAAUGUUCUCACUCUACACCUUCCCUCUCCCUCUCCACGCACCAGUGUGUGACCCCACAGAGCCCCCAACGGCCCCCCCAGGGCAGCUGCAGCCCCAGGAACCGGACUGUGGCCCCUAAGAACCCCUCCACUAGUCCUCUGGAAGGAAAGGUGCCAGUCAGCCCGGAGUGGCAGAGAGAGAGUUGGCAGAUAUGGAAGCUCUUAUCAACAGACAACACAGACACACUACCAGAGACACUGGUGUGAUGCGUUGAGUAGACCCACUAACUUCAACUACUGUGUUACCAAGAGGAGAGGAGGGAUGGGGGGGGGUUCCUGUAUGAUUAUGUUGAUCUGCUACUUACUGAGAUGUGCCAAUUGUCUGUGAGUAACGGUGUGUUUGUUUGUUAAUGUUGUUGUUUCACUCUGCUCAUGUGUUACCUACACUUUUUUCAGAAGCUUGACUCCAACAUUUUGUCAUUAAGACAUACCUUAACAGAGACACAAAUUAACAUCACUGAGAUGUGACUAUCUGAGUAUUUUUUUUGGGGGGCCAUGUCAUUUACAGUGCCUUGCGAAAGUAUUCGGCCCCCUUGAACUUUGCGACCUUUUGCCACAUU